CUUCCAAGGUGUUCAAGCAAUACAGAAGGGGAUAAUUUAACACAAGUCUCCAAAUUCCAUCUCUUGGGCUUCUCAGAGGACCCAGACUUGCAGCCCAUCCUCUUUGGGCUGUUCCUGUCCAUGUACCUGGUCACGGUGCUCGGGAACCUGGUCAUCAUCCUGGCCAUCAGCUCUGACUCCCACCUCCACACCCCCAUGUUCUUCUUCCUCUCCAACCUGUCCUUAGUUGACAUCAGUUUCACCUCCACCACAGUCCCAAAGAUGAUCAUGGACAUCCAGAGCGACAGCAGAGUCAUCUCCUAUGUGGGCUGCCUGACACAAAUGUCUCUUUUUAUCGUUUUUGGAUGUAUGGAUGACAUGGUUCUGACUGUGAUGGCCUAUGACCGGUUUGUGGCCAUCUGUCACCCACUGCAGUAUGCAGUCAUUAUGAAUCCUCGCCAUUGUGGGUUCUUAGUUGUGCUGUCUUUUUUGUUUAGCCUCUUGGACUGUCAGCUCCACAAUUUGAUUGUAUUACAAUUUAUCUACUUCAAGGAUGUGUUCAUUCCCAAUUUCUUCUGUGACCCUGCUCAACUCCUUAAUCUUGACUGUUCUGACAACUUGUCCAGUAACAUUUUAAAGUAUACUGCUGCUGUGUUAUUUGGAUUUUUUCCCAUCUCAGGGAUAUUUUUAUCUUACUACAAAAUUAUUUCUUCCAUUCUGAGAAUUCCAUCACCAGGAGGGAAGUUUAAAGCCCUGUCCACCUGUGGGUCUCACCUGUCAGUUGUUUGCUUAUUUUAUGGAACAAGCAGUGGUGCAUACUUUGGUUCAGGUGUAUCACAAUCUCCCACAAAUUGUUUGGUGGCCUCAGUCAUUUACACCUUGGUCACCCCGAUGCUAAAUCCAUUUAUCUACAGCUUGAGGAACAGGGACAUUAAAAGAAGCUUGAGCAAGCUCCACAAUAGAAAAUUCAAAUCUUAG